CGGCACCGUGGGAGUGAUUCUGUCAGAGGUAAGAUGAGGACGUGAUGCACAAACGUCAAAGGAACGCACGCAUGGAAACAGAGGUUGAUGAUAUCGGCGGAUCAGAUCAGAUUUUGUCUGCAGAAUAAAACUGGCGGAGUUUGCUGGAGGAGCUCCAAGUUUUAGGUGAUGAGGGGAAGAAUCACUCUGCAGCAGGGAAGUUCAUGAUGAGUCCUUGCUGGGUGUUUAUGAUCCUUGUGGGCUUCAGGAUCUCUGAUGCUGCAACUCAGGGGCAGAACACCUGCACAUUCAACGACAAACUUAAAAGUGUCUGCGUAGCUGCUGGAGACAGCGUCUCUGUGCCGUGCCCGAACAUGACGGGCGAAGAUUUCAGAUUGAACCUUCUCAAAGACCAAGAAGUGAUUUCAAACCACACCUGCAGCCUUGGCAACAAAGCUCCAGACUGCAAAUCGUCGUCAAGGGGGGUGCAGCUGCACAUAAAAACAGACAAUGACUCAGUCAGUUUCCUGCUAACAGGAGUGAAUGCCAGCAGCCACGGCGUGUACAGGUGUGAGGGCCAGGUCAGGUUCCCUCCUCCCCUGCUUCCAGCUGUGCCAGGAGCUGUGAGCAUACUGGUACUUAUAGAAGGACACCAGUGCAAGGUCCCUAAACAGGAAUGCAGUGACAACCCCUGGAUUUGGAUUUGGAUUCUGGCUCUUGUGUCAGUUACUCUCUACAGCGUAAUCAUCACCGUCUCCGCCGUAUUCUUCUGGGUGAAACUGAGGAAGACGGAUUCUCAGAGCGACUACAUGAACACCAAACCAAGAGCACCCAGGGGCCAACGAAAGAAUCGAGGCGUUCAAAAUCCUGCGCCACGCUACUUCUGAUCCCCUGUGAAAGAGCCGAGCAUUUCCCCAAGAGUUCCCACACCGUUGACGGAUCAACCUUUGAGUGGCUUGUCCAAAAAAAGAGAACAUUUAAAGCUCUUCUCACACUCGCAUUCCUGAACAUUUCUACAACACUUACAGCCUGUUGCUGAAAUCUUCCCGAGGUUCUUAUUGACACAUGCACCUCACAGAGGGAAGUUAUCUCUGUCAGAAGGGAAGGGAUGGGGGGGUUGUCUCAGGAGGCAGGGCAUGACUCCAAAAACAACAACGUCCAACACUUUAAUUACUGUUUUUUGCCGUUAUAUCAAUGUUUCAUUCCGUAAACAGAGUUUGCAGAGCUCGAUUAAAUCUGUUGGAUGCCCCCCAAAUAUUUGGGUUUUUUUUGCACUUGGAACGGACGCUCCUCCUCGUUUGCAAAUCUUCACCAGAAACAAACGGACUCUUUGCUGCUAGCAGUCGUUGAACAGGAAGAGUAAAGUAGAAGCUCUUGAUUUUAAAUGUUGCUGUAGAAAAAUGAAACAAGAAAACCCAACACCGCUCUGGUUUGCUGGC